AUGGCUGAGCUCGCGUUGGGCGCCGUGACCUCGUUGCUUGGCGUCAUCCGCAACGAGUGGCGGUUGCUGGGCCGCGUCGGCGGCGACGUCCAGUUCAUCAGGGAGGAGAUGGAGAGCAUGAACAGCUUCCUGAUGCACCUGGCCAGGACGGCGCCGCCCAGCAGCGAGCACGACGAGCAGGUGCGGACCUGGAUGAACCAGGUCCGGCUGCUCGCACAGGACUGCAACAACUGCAUCGACCUCUACCUGUACCGCGGCAACCCCGACAUCCACCUGGGCAGGGACCGGCUCCGGCGCUACCUCCGGUGGUUCCCGUGGUUCCUGCAGAAGAUGUUGGCGCAGCACCGAGCUGCCUUGGAGCUCAGCGAGCUCAAGGAGCGUGCGCGGGACGUCGGCAAGCGGCGGCUAAGGUACGGCGUGGAGAUCCCGAAGAAGGCGGCCGUUCCACCUGGUACUGGUGGGUCGGCAGCCGCAGAAGGCAGCGCCGAAGCUGCUUUCGUCCACCUCGAUGGUGAAGAAGACGAGCACGAGCACGACCAAGUGGCGGGGGCAACGGCGACUGAUGGUUCUGGUCGAAUCAGAAGAGCCCUCUUUGGACUUUACGUCCUGGAGGACUACUUCAACGACCAGUUAGCCGUGUGGAUAGAGCAAGUUCGACAUCAGUGGAGGGAAAGCAAAUGGCAACACGACACCCGAUGCGUUGCCUUUGUGGUGCCGGACACGGAGAACUCCGGUGCCAUUGCACGUCAAGCUUCGGCUGUGGCAGAGAAGCACGUCAAGAACACUAUCUUGGUGGACAUCCCAUUACUGCACUAUUGGAGAAUGCUAGGACCCAAGAAUAUCCUCUACUACAUCCUGAGGGAGAUCGAGCUCCGGCAGCAGCAGCAGCAGCAAGGCCAAGGGAUUGAUUGGCGGCAAAUCCGCGGGGAAAAAAGGGCAGUGAUUAGUAAAAUCAAGAAAGAUAUCGAACCUUUGAAUGUUAUAAGAAAGGUUGAAGAGAUCAUGACCUACAUUGAAAACGCCAAGGAGAACAAGCAACUGAAGCUGUACCUGGAGGCCUACAUUGAAAAAGCCAAGGAGGACAAGCAGCUGGAGGUCCUGGACGGACCAAAGAAAAAGGAAGCACAAGAAAAAAUCACCAAAGAAACCUCCUUAGGUGUACUCUUGGUACUGCUUCUGCUGAUGAAAUCUAUGCCUGCAUUAGCACAACACUACGAUGACAUAAUCAAGCAAACAUCCGAGAUGCUCAAAAAGCAUAUGGAGCAAGUAAAUGAAGGAAGAGACAAGGGCGCUCGUAGCAUAGAUUCGAGAGAGCAGAAACAGUCAACCAAGGUUCUUGACAACCAAACCAGAGAGUCCCCCAAGGUUCUUGAGAGGCUCAGUAUCAGUGGAAACAUACUACAGGGGCAGCUUUCUACAUUAUUGCUAACCGACAAAAAUACCACACUUAUUAAGGUAACUUUAAGUAACGCCUCACUGGAUCCGACUAUCCUAGAGGCCCUCUCCAAUCUGCCCAAGUUACAAUGUCUGAAGCUUCGGCACAAUACAUACAGCGACAACAAACUCACAUUCAAGAAGGGUGAAUUCAAGAAACUCAGGUACUUUCUUGUCGAGGGCUCCAACUGGAUUGAAAUCAGUUUUGAAGAAGGUACAGCAGCUCCAGAGCUCGAGAAGAUUGUUUUGUCCUUUGACAACAUAGAGUAUAUUGCUGGAGUAGACCACCUUAAAAAAUUGGAGGAGCUUGAACUGAACAAAUAUAACAAGAGCAGCAACAACAGUGGAGGCAGCACCGACACUGCUGCCACCAAUCAAGACCCCUCCGCCCUUGCUGCUACCACUGCCGCCAAUCCCUCACCCCUUCCUCUGAACACUACCACUGUCGUCCCCUCCACCCCAACAGGCACUCACCCCGCCCCCUCUUCCCCAACUGGGGGUGCCGCGAAUCCCUCACCCCUUCCCCCGAACACUACCACUGUCGCCCCCUCCACACCAAUAGGCCCUAACCCUGCUCCCUCUCCCUCAACUGGGGGCGCCGCCAAUCCCUCACCCCAUACUUCCACAAUUGACGCUGCCAAUCCCUCACCCCUUCCCCCGAACACUACCAUUGUCAUCCCCUCCACACCAACAGGCCCUAACCCUGCUCCCUCUGCCUCAACUGGGGGCGCCGCCAAUCCCUCACCCCAUACUUCCACAAUUGACACCGCCAAUCCCUCACCCCUUCCCCCGAACACUACCACUGUCAUCCCCUCCACACCAACAGGCCCUAACCCUGCUCCCUCUUCCUCAACUGGGAGCGCCGCCAAUCCCUCACCCCUUCCCCGGAACACUACCACUGUCGUCCCCUCCACCACUCACCCCGCCCCCUCUCCCCCAACUGGGGUCGCCGCCAAUCCCACAGCCCAUAUUACCACUGCUGACACCGCCAAUCCCUCACUCUCUGGCCCCACCACCUCCAGUAACAAUGUGUUGCUUCCGAAAUUGCUUUCCGAUGCCAAACAAAUAUCCAAGGUGACUCUUCGUGGUACAAUGCUGGCGGAAGAUGGUAUGAGAACCCUCGCAAGGAUGGAAAACAUACGCUGCCUGGUGCUCUUGCAAGGGUCUUAUAACCAAAACCGGCUUGAUUUAAAUAAAGAUGAGUAUGCAAAACUCAACCUUCUUAUUGUCAAGUGCCCUGAAAUCACCGAGAUCAAAUUCGAGCGUGGGUCUGCUCCUAAGCUUGAGAAGAUCGUAUGGACCUUCGACCAAGGGAGCUCUUUAUCCGGCAUCGAGCACCUUCCAAGAUUGAAGGAACUUGAGUUCACUGGGGACUCUCUACCAGACCAGGUGAAAGAAGGCAUUGAUAAACACAAGCACAAAGAUAUGAUUCAUUGUACACACUACAAACAGGAGAGGCAAGAUCAAACAGGAAGAAGCACAGGAAAAGAGGAUAGUGUUCCAAGUUGCCUAUACAUCUGGAAGGACAAGGGUUGGCGCAGGAGGAACUGA